UGGUUUGGGCUGGUGUGGUGUGAGAGGAAGCGAGAUUAUAUUGUGAGACGGUAAGGAAGUGUUGUUUAGAUAUUACACAGACUUGGAAUAUUAAAACAAACAAAAAACAAAAAAGUAACGAUGCACUUCAACAUACCUGUUAUAGAAGAACAAAUAGAUCAGCUAGGUGGGCGGUUUAUGGUGUAUCAUAUUUACUUGGACGGGUUCCUCUGCUGUAAAAUGAGGUACAGCGAUAUAUACAGGUUGGAUGAAGAGCUGAGAAGGGUCUUUGGGGACUGUCUUCCACCCUUUCCCCCUAAAUACUACCUCUCCAUGACUGAGACUAUUGCAGAUAAGCGAAGACUGUUACUGGAGCAGUACCUUCAAAAAGUCAGUGCCAACGCAAGCAUUUCGACAUAUGACGUAUUUUGCAUGUUUUUAAUAAAAAUGCAACAGGAAACAUUCAACAUUCCUGUACAUAAUUGUCUCCAAGAAGUUUUACUGCCAGAUGGGCACAAGGUUAAGGCAGAUAUUCAGUCGUCCGACCCAGCUGAGAGAGUCCUGGAGAUUGUGUUUUGUAAGCUGGAGUUGCCCAGGCAGUUGAUGGGAUAUUUCAGUCUCUUUCUGGUGGAAGGGAUCAAUGGAGGACAGUACUCUGUUUUGAAAAAGCUGGCUCCAUUUGAACUGCCUUACGUGUCUCUGAAGAGUAUGAACGACGAGCCGUGCAUGGUCAUGAUCAGAAAAAGCUUCUUUGAUCCCGAGAUUGACCAGACAGUAAUGGCAAGCAGCUGUGGCUUGAAUCUCCUGUACAUACAGGCUGUUAGUGACAUGGAGAUGGGAUGUUGGACACCCACAAAUGAGCAACUUGAAAAACUGAGGUUGCUGCAGGAGACAGGACAGAAGAAAGAGUUUUUAGAAGUUGCACAGCAAGUAAAGCACUAUGGCUAUGAGCAGGCUGAAGUUUGUAUCUGUGAUCACCCAGUGCCAAACAGCCCUGCUGUUGUUAGGGUGGGAUAUGAAGAAAUUAAUUGCUGCACCCAGUUACUUAGCAACCAAGCUGAAGAAACCAGCUUUGAGAUCAGCAAAGUGAGAUGUUGGAGUGUCAGGUUGCUGGGGAUAUCAACAGGAAACCCAAGUGAGGAAGGUGACAUUAAACUGGAAUUCAGUUUUGAGUAUUGCUAUGGAAACGAUACCUGGAAAUGGAUUACUAUUCACACACACCAGGCGUUUCUGCUGAGCACAUUCAUGAACCAGGUUGGGGCAGAACACGCAGCAAAGAAUCUUGACAUGCAUGGUGAAAUGCAGAUUGAAGUGCCUGAUGUGCAAAUUAAGAAGAAACAGGGUUUUUUCAAGUACAUGAAGGCUGACAAAGCCAGACCAUUACUGACCAGAAUCAAGUCCGCUGUCCAGGGAAGCAAAGAAGAUGACGUGUUUGAAGGUAUUGAGGACAAGGACCUCUGAAUUGAAGAUCUUUGUAUCUGGGUUGCCCACUGCCAACCUCAAAGAUCAUUUGAUAUAGUGAUAUUUAAUUAUGAAUAGAUGGUUUUUAUUUUGACUGUAUCGGGGUGCCCUAUGUCAUGGCUCAACAGUGGGGGAGGGGUGUUACAAUAAUCUAUCUCCCACCCCCACAACACUGAGCCAUCCUUAAUCUCUCCAAUCCUGCUAACUGGAGACAAACAGAUCAUUUGCCAUAAAUUAGACACACACACACACACACACACACACACACACACACACACACACACACACACACACACACACACACACACACACACACACUACUAGCAUCUUGUUCAUUGCUAACGAACUGACGAAACAGCUGAAAUAACUGUACCUUAUUUGGCAAUGACUAUACAAACAAGGCACUCGGACAUUUCACCUCCUGGCAUGACCAAGGCACCAACCAAGCGGGAGGGGGGGGACUCUAGGGGAUUGGAAUAUCAUGGUCCACUGUGUCAGGACUUCUUUUUAUUGGGUGCAAGCAGCACCAGUGUUCAUCUAGACCCAAUAUAAACGCUAUAGAGAUCCAUGUCUUUACAGCAGUGGAAGCUUGCUUCACAUCACUACCAGCGACCCAAUGUUAACAAAUGUUCCCAAGUAUACCAGGCAGAGAGUCCAGCAAAAACUAUCAUCGUACAAUCACAGAUUUGUUCCUAAAGGGGGCAGGGAGGUGGAAACUGGGGUGAGUGUAUCGGCAGCCCCCCCCCCCCUUUUUUUUUUCUGCAUACAUGCUGUUUUAAAGUUGCAUUGAAACCAGCACUUUUAAAUCAUAUGGCUUGGUUAGCCCUAGAGGUCAUAUUUGAGUGACAAGCCCAUGUCAGUGUAUUCACUGCAUUCCGUUAUGUAGAAGAAAAGUUAAAAGGGGAUAGCUUGUUCUGACUCUUGUGUUUUGAGAGUGGCUUUUGUUGUCCAAUUCUGCUUUACAACUAUAAUGAGUAGACGGGGAAAUUGUAUACACAUUUAAGCGCAAGCUCUAUUUAAAUGCCUAACUCAUUCACUGUAGUCUAUUACCAUUGCUAGUCUGCCAUGUUCCCGUCUUGAUCACAAAAAUGUCAUUUCUUUUCCCCAUAGUCUGUCGUUUCUGUUUUUUUAGAAAAACAAUAUUGUUCACUUUUUUUAUCCAGUUAUUGUCUUUUGUUAGACAGAAUUGGUUUUAUAUGAAACCCCUGAAGCAUGUGCUUUCAACAUGGGCUAAGCAAUGGGGGUGGGAAACUAUAAGAAACUGAGCCAAGUUGAUGAACGGGAUUGCCUCGGGAUUGUGACUGAGCAUUUGAAGUUAUGCUUGGUUUAAAGUACUUGUAGCGAACACAUGAGUUCCAUAGAUUUUCCAUUACACAUACGUCCAUAACUAUAACCAAGCAGAUGCUUCUCCUAAUGCUGGACGUGCUUUGCAACCAGUCUGAUCCUUGACCCAGAAACACUGCUGAGGUGAAAUGACCUAGUAGACUUUUCUAGUGUAGAACCACAUGUCAUGCUUUAAAAUGAAAAUGCACAAUAUAAGAGGUUUCUUUCAAAAGUGCCCAUUAGAGAACCCAUUUAACCUUAACAAACUGACAAGGGCUAAUAGAUCCCUAAUAAAAUAAUACUGGAGUGGUCCUAGAAUUUACCCUCCUUGCAUUAAAAAAAUAUUAUUUUAAAUGAUGUAACCAUCAAAGAAUAUUAGAAUCAAUCAUGGUUUGUUUAUUGCAGGAGAUGGGUGGUUAAGAGUAUGCGAGAUGCAAGUGUUCAUUUUAUAUACACUACAUUUAUAUGCUUGGUUUGUUUUAGACUGUUAGUCUGAAAGUCUAAAGUAUGUUUGCUAGACUUGUGUAAUAAAUAUUCAGGAUAUGAACAAGAACAUCUUGGGGAACUACAGCAAUAAAUACUGCUUAUGUAAAUAAUGUGAAAUGUGCAGUAGACAGCAAUCAAUGCUAACAUUUUAUUUUUGUACUUUGGCGUAAAUGUUUGCUGAAACUUUCACUAUUUUCUUAAUCGUUUAUCUAAAUGUUGUCUAUACUGGCCCUUGUGGACAGAAGUUGCCUGCCUCUUAUAUAAUAAUCUUAAUCAUAUGUAUAAUGCCAUUCCCUCCAUAUACUCUGCUAUUUAUUCCUACGGAGCAUAAUUACUAAGGGUUAUUGAGUGAUUUAAAUAAAUAAAUCAUUUAGCCUGUUGUUUGACUGGCAAGCUGGCUUGAGCGGUGACAUCAGACCCGGAACAAACGUACAGCACUGUGAGUGAAAUGAAAGGAAUCCACAGCGGACUGGGGAAAUGGUAAAUGUGCUGUUUGCUUGUUUAUUAAAUGAACAAAAUAAAAAGGUUAAACAAACGAAAAACACUACACAAAAGCACUUUGGCCUAAACAAGUUAACAAAUGGGACAAAGAGAUUGGGCCAUCCUUGUGUCUAAAUACAAAUAUUCAUUUUAUAAGACUUAUGCUGCACAUCUUACCCGUGCACCAAUACAUUUACGCCAACAUUAGUACACCACACGCAACAUAUAAACAUAAAAUAUACAUGGGCAGGGCAAAUUGACAGCAUAAAAAUAUCCAAAUGGAAACUAUCUAUGUAUUCACUUAUUCUGUCAUUUACCACAUUUCUUGUGACUACCUUUUUAAGUGGCACACUUCAUGUGAACCUGUAUUGCUAACAACGUGUCUUGUAGGUUAUUGAAGCCUUACAGCCACUUUUAAGGUAGACUGCUGCUGUAUGAUGGGUGAACCAGCGUUUUAGUCCUAGCACAUGGGUUACACUGACAAAUAAAUAUUAUUUUGCCCGUUUUCACGGAUAUUAUUGACUCAGCAGAGAAUAAUUCAUUAAUGUUGGGAGCAGGGAAGCGCUGCUGUGGAAAUAUUUAUCAUUUUUAUUUGGAUCCAGCCAAUGAUAGAAUUGUGGACCAAUUGUGUCUUCCCUGUUAAUUUGCUG